UUCGGCUUUACUGGAAAAAUGUUUCUCAUAGUGGGGUUGACAUUGACUUUGAACAAUUGAGUAGAUGAGGAGCUCGCCUCUUAAUUUUUCUUCUAGCCAAAUUACCUGAGAGAGCUCUCAUCUGAGAAUUUUGGGCAGCAUCUAUGUAUGGCUACUGAGUUUGAAGACUCUGUUUCCAAUAAACGAAGCAGGGACAGUGCAUCCAGCUCUGUUUUUCAUAAGCGGUGGAGGCACGAUGUCUCUGGGUCUUAUUCUCCCAAAAGAUGGACGUACGACGUCUUCCUGAGCUUCCGAGGUGAAGACACACGCUGGUCCUUCACCAGCCACCUCUUCCAUUCCUUGGAGGAGAAAGGAGUCAAUGCGUUCAUAGAUAACAGUCUUCCGAGAGGCGAAGACAUAUCAUCACAGCUCAUAGACACAAUCAGGAGCUCCCGGAUCUUGGUGGUGGUCCUCUCGAAAAACUAUGCCAACUCAAGUUGGUGUCUCCAGGAACUAUCUGAGAUCAUGGAGUGCAGGAAUAAGUCCCUUGGGCAGAUGGUCCUGCCUGUGUUUUACGAUGUCGAUCCUUCGGAUGUUCGGAAGCAGACCGGUUGCUUUGGAGAAGCAUUUGCUAAGUAUGAAGAGGACAAAGAUAAGGAGACCGUUGCUCGGUGGAGGGCUGCUCUCACUGAAGUUGGAAGUCUAUCCGGCUGGGAUCUGACAAACUCUGCCAGCGGCACGGAGGCGAAGAUUGUGAAGAAGAUUGCCCGUAGAAUAUGCAAUGAACUUAAUAACGCAUAUCUAGACGUUGCAAAAGACCCCAUUGGCCUUAGACCUCGAAUGAUCCGUGUGAAUGAACACGUAAAUGACCCCUCUGAUGAUGUUCGCUUUAUCGUGAUUUGGGGGAUGGGAGGUAUCGGGAAGACGACUCUUGCUAAAGCAGUUUUCAAUCAGUUCUUCCACUCUUUUGAAGCUAAAUAUUUUCUGGCCAACGUUAGAGAAAAUUCGGAGCAGCCUAAUGGUCUGGCCCAUCUACAAGAGCAGCUUCUUCAUGAUAUUAUCAGGUUUCAGAAGAUAGAAGUAGGAAAUAUUGACAGGGGAAUCAAUCAAAUAGAGAAAUUACAGACAUUUAAUAAAGACACAGCAGCUCUGAGACAACAUCCAACAGUUCUUGAUGAUGUAGGCCAUCGAGACCAGUUGAAGGCACUUGCAAGAGAGCGUGAAUGGUUCGGCCCUGGCAGUAGAAUCAUCAUAACAACUAGAGACCAUGACUCGGUGAAGGAGAUUAAUGCGAAUUGUAUUUAUAAGCUUCCCCCGCUAAAUGAUCAUGAAUCUGGACAACUAUUUAAGCAAUACGCCUUUCGAAAUUGUGAUCCUAGUGAAGAAUUUUUUAAGCUAGCAAAAGAUGUUGUAAGUUACUGUGAAGGCCUACCUUUGGCACUUGAAGUAUUGGGUUCUUAUUUGCUUGGACUAAGUGUGGAACAUUGGAAGAGCGCACUUGACCAAUUACGAAGAAAUCCUCACAGAGACGUACAAAAGAAACUUGAAAUAAGCUAUCAUGCCCUUGGGUGUACAGAUGAUAAGAAAUUAUUCCUCGACAUUGCAUGCUUCCUUGUUGGUUGGGAUAAGAAUCUUGUGGUCAAGGUAUUAGAGGCUCGUGACUUAUAUGUUGGGCUAGGGCUUGAUGUCCUCUCCAAGAGAAGCCUCGUCAAAAUCGACGACUACAACAAACUGGAAAUGCAUGACAUGAUUCAGGACAUGGGGAGGGAAAUAGUUCGCAGAGAGUCUCCGCAUGACCCGGGGAAACGGAGCAGAUUAUUCUCCCAGAAUGACAUCCUUGCCACACUUCGAACCCACUCUGUGAGUAUGGAACCAACCUCGAUGAGUAAACCCAUGCAUAUAACACUUAUUAGAAGAAGAUUUAUCGUUCGAAAUUUAAGAAUAAUAUGGCUCGCGCAGGUUACGGAACAGGUUCAAGGACUCGUGUCUAAUUGUCAUUUGGAGUUGGCUAAGAAAGUGGAUGCCAAAGCAUUUGAAAGGAUGAGGCUAUUAAGAUUGCUAAAGCUCAACUACCUACAUCUUGAUGGAGACUACGGACUCAUUUCGAAAGAGCUACGAUGGCUCUGUUGGCAUGGAUUUCCUUUAGACUUCAUACCAGAUGAACUCUACAUGGAAAACCUGGCUGUUCUCGAUAUGCAACAUAGCAAGCUUCGAUCGACCUGGAAAACUAAUUCCAAGGAGAUGCCUCGCUUGAAGGUGCUUAAUCUUAGCUACUCUCAUUUCCUGACCAACACUCCCGACUUCUCGGGUCUCUCGAAGCUCGAGGAGCUGAUUAUGAUCGACUGCGAAGAGUUGAUAGAAAUUGAUAGAUCCAUAGGUUGUCUGAAGGGACUUCUUUUGUUGAAUUUGAAAGGCUGCAAGAAGCUUAAAAGUAUACCGGACAGUAUUUGCAAAGUGAGAUCUCUACAACAUCUGGACAUUCGAGGCUGUUCAAACCUCAUGAGGUUACCGGAUGACUUUAGUAUCUUGGGAUGUCUGACAGAACUUCUAGCUGAUGCAGCUCUUAUGAUGCAAUCUCCUCAAACUUUCACCGACUUGAAGAACCUAUCAAAGCUAUUUUUAUGCGGGAUAUCGAAGAGGGAAGCCCCCAAGGAGAAUAAUUGGUAGAUUGCUUCUGUACGUGAACUAAGGUCAUUGACCGAUCUGAUAUUAGUGGACUGCAACAUAUCAGAUGAUGCUAAUCUAGAGGGCAUUGGGAACUUACAGUCCCUAAGAAGCUUCCACCUUUUUGGAAGUCA